AGUUCGAAGUUAGAGGACAUUAAUCUAUACGGCAAUCGCCUCGAAGGGAAAAUUCCACCGGAGAUUGGUAACCUUCAAAACCUGAAAAAGUUAGUCAUGGAAUAUAACCAGUUUACGGGAUCAAUACCAGCCAGCAUCUUCAACAUCUCAACGCUGGAAAUUGUUGGUUUUUCAUAUAAUGGCCUAUCCGGUAAUCUUCCGGCAACUGUGUGCCAUCGUCCUUCAAAACUCCAAGCCCUUGCUCUACCUUGGAACAACAUAGACGGCGAAAUUCCAUCUGGUUUAAGCGGGUGCUCAGAACUUCAGACUCUGUCCUUGUCGUUCAACAACUUCAGAGGACGCAUACCAAUGGAGAUUGGCAACUUAACAAUGCUUAAAAAGCUGUAUCUUGGUCGUAACAACUUGGAAGGUGAAAUUCCACAGCAAUUGGGCCAACUUAAACUCGAGGUGUUGCGGAUGCAAAAUGAUGGCCUUACGGGUCUCGUUCCACCAGUUAUCUUCAAUAUCUCUUCAUUAAAAUAUCUCAGUCUUGCAAACAAUACCCUUUCUGGAAGCUUGCCAAUGGAUAUGUGCCAUCGCCUUCCAUUGCUGGAACGACUUUAUCUCUUUGGCAAUAAAUUCACCGGAAGCUUACCAAGCAGCAUUGGAAACUGUACAUCGCUUAAGGACUUCUCUUUGUCCCGCAACAACUUUACAGCUUCUGUUUGGCAACAUUGUUUUGUAGGUUCCAUACCACAAGAAAUUGUCAAACUUGGCCUAGAGGGGUUGGACAUGUUUGAUAAUAGUCUAACUGGGGUGUUACCAUCAGAUAUCUUCAAUAUCUCAACCUUGAAGCUUCUAUCAUUUGCAAUGAAUCAUCUAACAGGCCAUCUUCCACCAAGUAUCAGUGGUUGGUCGCCCAAUAUCAGGGAAAUUUACCUGGGCCAAAAUGAACUGAGCGGAACAAUCCCCGACUCUAUCUCAAAUGCUUCUAAACUCUAUGCCCUGGACCUUGCCUCCAACUCAUUCACUGGAUUUAUACCUGAUACACUUUGUAGUUCAGAAUCCCUUCAGAUGAUCAACUUUGGAUGGAACUAUUUGACAAGCAAAUCUUCUAUGUCACAGCACAACUCCUUCAAUUCAUUAAUGAAAUGCAAAAACCUAAUUAUGUUGAUUGUUUCGUAUAACCUACUUAGUGAUAUUGUCCCAGUCACCAUUGGGAAUCUGUCCUAUCUUGAGAUUUUCUGGGGAGAUAAUUGCGGAAUUAUGGGCAACAUUCCUGGAGCUAUUGGUAAUUUGAGCAACUUGAUGACCUUAAGUCUACAAGACAACUACUUAUCUGGGACAAUUCCUGCAACGGUUGGACAAUCACAGAAGCUCCAAUAUCUGAAUUUGGCAGGCAAUAAACUGCAAGGUUCCAUCCCAAACACUUUAUGUGGCUUGAAGAACUUGGGUUACCUAUUUUUAAGUGGAAACCAGCUUUAUGGGUCAUUGCCAACGUGCAUAGGGAAUCUUACCUUCCUAAGGAAACUCCUUGUACAGUCAAAUGGAUUAACUUCGGUAAUACCCUUGUCGCUUUGGGAUAUUAAAGAUCUUUUGGUUCUCAAGCUGUCUUCAAAUUCUCUUAGUGGAGAAUUGCCACCCGAAAUUGAAAAGUUGAAUGUUGCAGUUGUAAUCGAUCUCUCCAGGAAUCAAUUAUCUGGCGAGUUGUCAAGCUCAAUUGGAAACCUCCCAAACUUGGCGGAAUUCUCCUUAGCUCAGAAUAGGCUCCAAGGUCCUAUUCCUCAGUCGCUUGGUAGUUUGACAAGUUUGGAAUUCUUGGAUUUGUCUCGAAAUAAUUUGUCUGGCACAAUUCCUGGAUCCUUCGAGAAGCUCUCGUAUCUUAAGUAUCUGAAUCUGUCUUUCAAUAAGCUGGAAGGGGAAAUUCCAGAACAUGGACCUUUUACAAACUUGACUGCUCUAUCCUUCAUGUCAAACAAGGCACUAUGUGGUUUGCCUCAGUUUCAAGUUCCACCAUGUCCUCAUACCCGUAAACGACCAACAGAAAGAAAGAUGCUUGUACUGAGAUGUGUUUUACCAAUUGCUGCAUCAGUAAUACUGAUCACUUUGGUGCUAGUAUUUGUGUUGACAAGGUGCCAAAAAAGAAAGGCAAGAAUUCCAAAUCAAGAUAAUAUGUUUCUUGUGACAACAAGAAGAAGGUUUUCAUACCGAGAGCUUUUUCAAGCAACUAGUGGAUUCACAGAAGACAAGUUACUUGGUAAAGGAAGUUUUUCAUCAGUAUACAAAGGGACUCUUUCUGAUGGACUGACGGUUGCAAUAAAAGUUUUUGAUUUGCAAAUUGAAGGUUCACUAAGGAGUUUUGAUGUUGAAUGUGAUGUAAUGCGUAAUACACGUCACCGGAACCUUAUCAAGGUCAUUGGCAGCUGUUCUAACCCUGAUUUCAAGGCUUUGAUGGUUGAUUACAUGCCCAAUGGAACUCUAGAGACGUGGUUGCAUAAUGUCCCUGACUAUUGUCUGGAUAUCCUACAAAGAAUGAACAUAAUGAUUGAUGUUGCCUCCGCAUUGGAAUAUCUUCAUCAUGGUCAUUUGACACCUGUGGUUCAUUGUGAUGUUAAACCAAGUAAUGUUUUGCUUGAUAAGGAUAUGGUUGCACAUCUAGGUGAUUAUGGCAUCGCAAAGCUUUUACGCAACCAAGAGUCCACAGCACAAACCAGUACACUAGCUACAAUCGGGUAUAUUGCACCAGAGUACGGAUCAGAAGGAAUUGUAUCGACUAGAGGUGAUGUAUAUAGCUAUGGUAUACUGUUGUUGGAAACAUUUUCAAGGAAGAAGCCGGUGGAUGAAAUGUUUGUUGCAGAAAUGAGCUUAAGGCAGUGGGUGAAAGAGUCAUUGCAUUGUGCAGUAAUUGAUGUCAUUGAUGCCAAUAUGCUAAGGAGGGGUGAUGAACAUUUUACUGUCAAGGAGCACUGCGUAAAAUCCAUCAUGGAAUUGGCUGUAUCCUGCUGCGCGGAGUCACCAGAACAAAGAGUCAACGUGAAAGAUGUCCUCACUACCCUCACAAAGAUUAGAGUUGAGUUUCUUAAAAACGCUCAGGCCAAAACAACACAAGAAGUUGUAAGAAUUUGAUUUUUGGUUUCAUCCUUUUCCUUUCAAGAUGUUUCUAGAAAUUUAAUAGGAGUAUACGAAAAGAGAAAACUACCCAGUGCAUGAGGCUUCCGUUAUUGCAGGGUCUGGUAAAUGGUUGAAUGUAUGCAGCCUUACUGCAAGUGAAGAGGGUUGUUUCUAUGACUCGUCUAUGAAGUUAAUCUAUUGUAGUUAAUCCUCGAGGGACUCGAAAUAUGCAACUACUAUGUUCUAGGAAUUUGAGACUUUCCUCCUUUAUUAAUUCAGUACUAUGACUGUAUUUUCA